CGCUAGUAAGAGUGGACUAUCUCGGUAGUCGGAUGUGUGUCGAUGAUCUGUGGCUUCGCUCCUCCGCAGGAUUGACUGAGCUCCGUUAGCCUGGUGACUGCUGCUGAUAAUUGGCACAGAUUCGCCUACAGUCGGUUGGUAGCAGCGGGCAGAAGAACACUUUCAAGCGGGUGGUUCAACAUGGUGUGUGGAGGAUUUACCUGCUCGAAAAAUGCCCUCUGUUCUCUCAACGUUGUUUACAUGCUGGUUGGGCUGCUGCUGAUUGCUGUAGCAGCAUGGGGAAAGGGCUUUGGGAUUGUGUCCAGCAUCCACAUCAUCGGAGGCGUGAUCGCCGUGGGCUUCUUCCUGCUGCUGAUUGCCAUUGUGGGCCUCAUCGGCGCUGUGCAUCAUCAUCAAGUCAUGCUUUUCUUUUACAUGGUCAUCCUGAUCAUCGUGUUCCUCUUUCAGUUUGGUGUGUCCUGCUCAUGCUUGGCAAUGAACCAGGGCCAGCAGCAAGCAUUGCUGAAUUCCUCCUGGAGGAUUAUGAGCAAUGACACCAAGAUGGAUUUAGAGAACAAGCUGGACUGCUGUGGCCUGUUUAACACCACUAUGAACCACAAAGACUUCGACGAAGACUUUGCUAUCUGUCGUGCUCCUUGUACCAAGCACAACGGGUGCACAACGUGUGGUGACAAGAUGCUACAGCAUGCCUCCGAGGCCCUGAGGAUUCUGGGUGGUGUGGGUCUUUUCUUCAGUUUUACUGAGAUUUUGGGAGUUUUGCUGGCCAUGCGCUACAGGAACCAGAAAGACCCGCGAGCAAAUCCCAGUGCAUUCUUAUAGUCUUAAACCCCUCAGUGCAGCAGCGUAGACAAACGAGUCCAAUUUGAACAGAAUACACCUAGAGACACUCAGGCAUCAACUGCUUGGAAUAUGAGGUUUCACACAUCAUUACAGAGCCUGAGAGCUGCAGAAUUACAUAAAUAAACACAUCCCCAGUGUAGAAUCAGUUCAUUUUUAGUCUGCCUAGCAUAGGGUUUAAAUUCAGACGUGCAGAGCCUGGACGUCUCAUGGAUGAUAGGAUGAAGCUUGAUAUUUAGAAUUUGAUUGCCAAUUUCAGGUCACAACCUACAACAAACCCCAUCCUUGAUUUGAGAAACACGUCCUGGAAUGUGUGCGCUGAUACCUGCAUGCUCAGUUGUGUAGCGCCCUGCACUUUCACAGUAUAGCUGCAGUCUUUAUGUGCUCCCUAUAGUUUCUCUAGUACUCUGUAAAUGACUACACGUACUAUCUCGGCGUUUAGUGUCGAUAAAGCAGGCAGUUUAUGGAUUUUGUUAUAAAUGAGUUAGUCUAGGUCGGCCUCAAGGAAUAGUGUUUUGUAGUACAACAUCCAUGCAGAUGUUAUAGCUGUGGUGAUCUGUUCUGAUAGGGAUGUGCUAAUGUACCCUGCGUUCACAACAGCAGCCGUUUCUCAUCUCGAUUCACCCAAAAUUUAAUAGCAAGCCAGCAUAGACAUUCUGAGGAAAGAAAAGGUUUUGAUUAUUGAGGGCACUCUCCUGAUUCGUUUUCAUGGAUGACUGCCUCACACAAAACUAAAGCCAGUUCAUAGUAAUUAUAUUUCUUUAAACAAUCAGUGUGAGAUUAGAUCUGUGCUGGUUUAAAGAUCAAGUACUCUUUCAUAAAUUUCCACUUGUUUUGGUUUGUAGGCCGGUGUGCUCCUAAACCCCCUGAAGCACUUGAGAAUAAGGCAGCACUGGUUAAUCACAGUUCUUCUGUUUGUUUGGUAAACGCUUGCUCUUGGUUAAGUAACAUUUUACAGUUGCAGAAUUGUGGAAAAGCAAAUGCGUUGGAUCGUGUCUGUUCCUGACUCCAGUUCACAGCUGAUUAUGUGACUUUUAUAAGUGCCACCUUGUGCAUGAUCUCUCUUACCAUAGAUGUUUUUUGUGUUCAUUGUGUUUGCAAAUUGAUAUGCUUAUUUGUACUAGAUAAGCCAGUUUUGAUUGCCAGAAAGCAAAAUAUCUGGUCAUUGCAGACAAAUUACGACAUUGUAUAGUAGUUGGGUUACUCUGCAAAAAAUUCCCAAAUAAAUACCACCUACUACUGAACCAUUAGUGGUGCACUAAUUUGUAAUUUUCCACUAACCAAGUUAUAUCCUGGUCAGAUUCGUAGCAAGUCUGAUUUUACUGAUACACCAUCAAAGAUAAUUUCCAACCAGUUUUUUUUUUUAUGCAAGUAUUUGAAGCAGUAAAUUACAGCAAACUGUCUCUGUCACCUAGACAAAUACCAGAUAUGAACCAAUCUUGUCUUGCCAAAAAGACACGUCUCACAAUAGGAAAAAUAAGGCCACCAUAUUCAGAUCCAGUUUUUUAAAACUACUCAUCUCUUCUCCUGAUGUUGCUGGAAAUCGGCAGCUGUAAUUAAAAAUGGCUCUUGGCUUCUUUUUCACACCUUGCUGCUGUUUGUGUGAACACAGGGUUGCAACUACGACUUCAUUUUUAUGGUCACGCAACUGAGCCAUGCGAUACCAGCAAACUGCAGCCCUCAUGUUGUAUAUAUGUUUCAUUGACGGGUUGCUUUGCUUGUAGCUUUUACUAGUUUAUUUCCGAGAAUUGUCCCUGGCUGAGGUACAACCCGCACUGGAACUAACACUUAUUUUUUAUUUAAUUUUAUUUUUUUACUAGUCGCUAAUAUUGUGUUUUUGCAAUGUGAUUACCAUGCUUGUUUUCUCGUGCUACGACUUCUACAUUCUAGUUCUUUCCGUGCCAUGGCUUAAAUAUGUAAAUUUCAAUAUAAUUAUUCAGUCGUCUCCUUUUAUUUUUGUCUGUGAAUCUUGUCUUGCCAAACUGUAUUUACCAGAUCGCACUGCUUCUUACGCCUUGCUUUCUUUGUACAUGCAGAAAAAGUGCAAUGCAAGUUACAUGCAAGUAUUAAUAUUAAGCUCAUGUUUGGCUUUGUAUUGUUUAUGGUUAGAAAAGGCUGUGUAAUGGCAGAUAUAUUAAAUGCAUUAUUGUUCCUUAAAAUCAUUUAUAAUCAAUGUGGCUUUGCAAAUUUGUAGUGAGGGGUGACAGAGGGUAGCACUACACCCCUCACCUCACAGCAAGAAGAUCCAGGGUUUGAUUCCCAGGUGGAGCGAUCCAGGUUCUUUUCUGUUUGAGUUUGCCUGUUCUCCUCGGUCUGUAUGGGUUUCCUCCAGAAGCUCCAGUUUCCUCCCACAGUCCAAACACAUGUUAGAUAUAUUGGAAAUUCAAAAUAGUCUGUGACUCUGUUUGACACUGAACUUGAACUGAUGAAUCUUGUUUAACCUGUAGCUACCUGUUCUGUCAUGUUAAAAUCCUAAGCAAUAAAUACAUUUUUAUCAGUAGGAAAUCAGUUGGGUAAUAUAGUACAGUUGUUUAAUUAUCUGAUAUAUGCACAGUGAUGUUACUGGUCUAGAUUUCCCUGGACAUGGUUUUGAGGAAGAAUAAUGCAUUGUUUCCUAGCUCUGGCUUUAUAUACUUUUCCAUUAUUUAAAUAGCCAAAUGUGAUUUUUUUUUUUUUUUUUUUCUAUUUUAGUAAACAUUUGUAUAUACUGUAUACUAGAUAAUCAUGUCAUUGUUUAGUUUUAAUGUUAACAGAUUCAGUCCAGGUGAACUUAAUUUCCGAGCAUGUACAGAUUUGCUUGUCUGGAUUCAACACAUUUAUUUACAGUAACUAGGAUGCACUGAAUUCUUGCCCUGCGUAUUGAUCUGUGUAUAUGUGCGUGCUGAAGCUCCAUAUAGUGCUAGUACCAUAGAGACUUUCUGAUGAGAUAUUGUAGACGUUCGUCUUUAUUCCAAACGUUGCCGUGGCCAAUUCCUAUAUUUAUUUAUUGACAUUAUAAGCUGGCCGCACCAUCAUUUUUAAAACCUGUAUGCACCUGUGCCUCGUUUUCCUGGACCCCUUCUGUAUUUUUAACCUAAUUUUUCCAAUUAAAACAUCUUGGAGCAAA